UAAAGUCAAAUUGGAGGAAACCGCACCAACACACACCGGAGAAACCCCAAAAUCCACCCGCCAUUUAUCUCUGUUCUUAGUUCUCCCGCUGCCGCAAAACGCUGGAUACAGAAUGAACACCUUCCAACGGUUCGCCUUCGACGCAGAAACCCUUCCGAAAAUCUUCACUACAUCGAGAAAUUAUGCUUGUUUUCUGUACUCGAAUCACAGGCGAGCAUGUUUUGGGACUGCGGUCACCUUGUCUUCGAAGUCAGAUGAACAGACUCUAGUAGCUGUAGGAGGUGGAGCUGCCGGAAUUUAUGGUGCAAUUAGGGCGAAAACUGUUGCGCCUGAUCUGAACGUUGUUGUUAUUGAGAAAGGGAAGCCUCUAUCUAAGGUGAAGAUUUCUGGCGGUGGUCGAUGCAAUGUGACUAACGGCCAUUGCUUUGACAAUUUGAUUCUGGCAGGAAACUACCCAAGAGGUAAUAAAGAACUUCGUGGAGCAUUUUUCAAGAUGCAUGGCCCAGCUGAUACUAUGUCAUGGUUUUCCGAUCAUGGUGUUGAACUGAAAGUUGAACUUGAUGGGAGAGUAUUUCCGAUCAGCAACAGUUCAUCUACUAUUAUCGACUGCCUUAUGUCUGAGGUGAAGAAGAGAGGUGUUCUACUGCAGACAGGAAAAGCUGUUACAGGUGUGUCAACUACUGAUGAUGGCAAAUUCUCUGUGAAAAUUGAAAAGCGCACCAUCGACUAUGUUGAAUAUGUGAAAGCCAAUUACUUGUUGAUUGCUAGCGGUAGCAGUGAGCAGGGAUAUAAGCUUGCAACUCAACUUGGUCAUUCUAUAAUUAAGCCAGUGCCCAGUUUGUUCACUUUCAAGAUUGAUGAUUGCCAGUUAGUAGAACUGAGCGGGGUUACAUUUCCUAAGGUUAGAGCAAAGCUGAAGCUGGAAACUGUUCGCCAGAGCAUAUCCGAGCAUACUCAGGUUGGGCCAAUGUUGGUUACACACUGGGGAUUUAGUGGUCCAGUGAUUCUUCGUUUAUCUGCUUGGGGAGCACGGGAACUCUCAGAUUCUGAGUACAAAGGCUUACUUCUUGUGGAUUUUAUUCCUGAUAUUCAUAUAGAAGAUGUGAAGUCACUUCUUAUUCAACACAAGAAUAAGUUUCCGAAGCAAAAAGUUAUGAAUUCACUUCCUUCAGAGCUUGGCCUUAUGAAGAGAUUCUGGAGAUACAUUUUAGAACAAAAGGGUGUAGUUGGGGACCCUUUGUGGGCGUCUGUAUCUAAUGCCUCUUUAAUAUCAGUUGCUUCUCAUCUCAAAAAUUGUUCCUUCCGAUUGAAAGGAAAGGGCCAAUUCAAGGAAGAAUUUGUCACUGCUGGAGGUGUCCCAUUGUCUGAGAUAUCACUGAACACAAUGCAGAGUCGGAUCCAGUCACAUCUAUUCUUUGCUGGGGAGAUAUUGAAUGUCGAUGGCUUAACUGGAGGGUUCAAUUUCCAGAAUGCCUGGUCGGGUGGCUUCAUUGCCGGGACAACCAUCGGCAACCUGGCAAACAUGACGGGUAUCUGAGAAGAUCUUGAACCAUUUGUUUGAAUGCAUCAAUGAGAUGAGUUAUUUUUAACAGCAUCAGCAGCGUCUAGAGGCACAUGUUCAAGAGUCACAUGUGUGGCCGCUGACCCCACGUUACCAUCUAUGGCAUACUUUGAAAGCUUCGAGUUUGAGGAAGCACUAUAUAUGGUAAGUGAGAAUUAUAUUCCAGAAUUGUCUUAACCUUUUGAAUUCAUAUAUAUAAUGCCUUUGUGCUGAGUUACAAUAUUUAUUUAUAUAUUCUAUAAGUUUCUUUUAUUAUAAUACUAUCAAAUAAGGUUUUUGGGGUGAUAAGAAAAAAAUAUGAUUUGAAUGUGAAGUGGCCUAUAAAAUAUUGUAGUUUGUGUUUGAAAUUAAUUUAAAACGAAAUUAUUUCAAUUUGAUUUAAAUAAUAUUUUGAUGUGAUAUUUUGUGAUUUGAAAUCACAAUUAUUAAAAAAAUUGACAUUGUUACUCACCCUGAA